AUGUUCAAAUACGCCGUUGUUAUCUUUGCUGUUAUUGCCUGUGCUGCUGCCAAGCCCGGUUUGAUUGGUGCUCCUUUGGCUUAUGCUGCUCCCGCAGCUGUAGUCGCUGCCCCCGCUGGUGUCGUUACUGCCACCAGUAGCCAAUUUGUUGCUCGCAACCACAAUGGUAUUGCCACCGCCCCUAUUGUAGCUCCAGUAACUGCUCCUGUUGCCGCCUACACUGCCCCCAUUGCUGCUGCUUAUACCGCUCCCGUUGUAGCCAAAUACGCUGCUGCUUACUCUACCCCCUUGGCUUACUCUGCCCCUGUUGUAGCUAAAUAUGCCGCCGCUUACUCUCAUCCUUUGGCUUACUCAGCUCCUUUGACUUAUGCUGCCACUCCCUUGGCCUAUGCUAACGCUCAUUUGGAUGCCGCUUAUGCCAGCAGCCGUGUUGACCUCAAGCAAAACUACAAUGCUGCCGUAGUUCCAGCCACUUAUGCUGCCGCUGUAGCUCCUCUUAAAUACACUGCUGCUCCAGUUUUGUUUCUUUCUCAUCUAAACAAAAUGUUCAAAUACGCUGUUGUCAUCUUCGCAGUCAUUGCCUGUGCUGCUGCUAAACCUGGUUUCUUAGGUGCUCCAUUGGCUUACGCUGCUCCCGCUGCCGUUGUUGCUGCUCCCGCCGGUGUAGUUACUGCCACCAGUAGCCAUGUUAUUGAACGUAAUUACAAUGGUAUUGCUACUGCUCCCAUUGUAGCUAAUGUUGCUACCCCUGUUGUUGCCAAGACUGUUGCUGCUUACACUGCCCCCGUUGCUGCUGCUUAUACCGCUCCCGUUGUAGCCAAAUACGCUGCUGCUUACACUCAUCCUUUGGCGACUUAUGCUGCUGCCCCAGCUCCAGUUUUGUUUUAAAAACUGUGAUUGUUACGAAUUUGAAUUGAUGUGAAAAAUAAACGAACUAAUUUAUUAUUAUAGUAAAACAAAC